UUUUUGUUUCUGAACAUAUGUUAUGAUAAAAUGAAAGGUGUCAUUACAAAGUACAAUUGGUCCUGCAGUAAACAAGACCUCAUAGGUUUGUAGAUGGAAAAACUAAAGUUAUGGCCAUUAUAGGGCAAGGAGGAAAAAAACAAAAGUGCAAAAACAAAAACUGGCCCGGUCCUUAAUGAAUUACAGUAUUUUUAGGUCUGCCGAUUAAGUUUUUAUUAAUAAAGACCUUCUUUACAUACUAUUUGGGGUGAAAUUAUUUUGUGUACCAGGACAAGUACAUUGUUGUGAAGGACAUGUAGAUUGUUAUUUUCCUGACAUUGACAGAGGUGUCAGCAGAGAGCUAUGUGGUCAGGCAGAAAGGAAAUUCAAAAAGAAAAGGAAAUUCCUGUGGAGCAUACAGCAGCUGAUAAGUACUGGAAGGAUUUUUUAAAUAGAAGUAAUUUACAAAUCUGUUUAACUUUCUGGCACCAGUUGAUUUAAAAAAGUUUUCCAGUGGAGUACCCCUUUAAUAAUUGUCUACAUAGCAAAGCUUCCGAUAGAAUGAUUUUUUUUUUUUUACAGGAAACCCGUCACAAGAUUGUUAAAUUAUUCUUUAUUACAAUUCUGAACACUGUUCUGAAAAAUGCAAUAGAAAAAAUGAUUGCAACUUAAAACAAGGGAAAUGUUUACUCACUUGACCACUCCGAGCGCAGGCAAAAUAAUCGAGUCUAUGGGAAACUUGGUGCAGUUUUUGCAGAUGACUGCACAGAUUUCCGGGGCUCACACUGUGGAAUUUUAUACUGAAGAUGUAUGGAAGAGCCUUGUGGCUGUGUCUCCUGAAUCUGUUCUUUCUAUCUUCAGUCAACAGAAGCCUUGUUAUGAGGAGAGAGAAGUUCCAGACAUGUCCAAGAUAUUUUCUCCAGCAACUAACCAACUGGUGAACUUGGAAUUAUUUGUAGAAGCGGCUCAGUACAGUUCCCUGAUGAACUUAGGAUUGUGCACCCCCAUUGAACAAAUAUUUAAAACUUUUGCCUCACAAAGUGCCAACAAGCUUAGUCUACCUGCUUUAUUAGUUACACCGAUUAGGUCAUAUGAACUGCUGAACUUUAAGCAACCGAAUGAGAUAAUGAAAAAUACAGAAAUAAAAACUGACCAGUUCAUGAAUGAUAAAAAGUCCCAUGAAGUUGCUAUCAUGUCACAGUUUGUAGAAGCUCUAGCAAAUGUUUAUGGCUUAAAACAGGUCAUAGACUUGGGAGCUGGAAAAGGUUAUUUAAGCUCAUAUUUAUCCAUGCGUUAUGACCUAAAAGUUUAUGGGAUUGACUCUUCUCAUACCAAUACAGAUGGAGCCAACGAGAGAAACCGGAAAUUGAAAAAAUAUUGGCAAGUCUAUAAAACUGAUGCCAGAACCACUUCAAAGGCAAAGAAAUCUGACCAGAAGAAAGAAACUUUAUUGCCAAAGAACUCUUGUCAAGAUGUUAAUGCUGAUCAAGACAUUUCCAGACAAACAGAGAGUGAUAUAAGAUGUACAAGACUGUCCAAUUCAGAGUCAUGUAUGGAUGAUGAUAGGAACCAGUUUACAGACUCCUCAAAGGGGCAAAAUAAGAAGGAAAGCAAUGAGGCCAUGGAAAAUACAGAUGCUUACUCUGCAUUCUCCUUUCUGGACAUCUUGCCUGCUGGAGCUGUUGAGGUGCCUUCAGUGUCACAAAGUGUUAGCAAAGUUCUCAGCGAACAAGAAAAAGAGCAAAGGAAGAUGGAGAACAUCAAGGCCAAAAAAUUUCCAGAAACCCAUGUUUAUUCACCUCUCACUUCCUAUGUCACCGCUGAGACAGAGCUUCAUGACAUAAUAACCGAUCUAGAGGAUUCCAUUAUGGUUGGUCUGCAUACAUGUGGUGAUCUUGCUCCAAACACUCUGAGGAUUUUCACUUCAAAGCCAGAAAUUAAAGCAGUAUGCAGCGUUGGAUGCUGUUAUCAUUUUCUUUCAGAAGAGUUUGAUCAUCAGAAAGAAGAACGGAUAGAGGGAUCAUGGGGGUUUCCAAUGAGUCAGUAUUUGAAAGAAAGGUGUUGGCACAUAGGACGGAAUGCUAGGAUGUCCGCUUGUUUGGCUUUAGAGCGUGUUGCGGUCGGCCAAGGGCUUCCUAAUGAAUCAUUGUUUUAUCGGGCAGUACUUCAGGUCAUCUGCAAAGAAGUCUAUGGCAUCACCCAAAGGUCAUAUUCUCUAAUUCCGCAGAGCAAGGAUAUCCUAAAAAUCGACCAGCGUGUUGGAAAGAUUUAUUCCAAAUCAACAUCCUUCACAGACUAUGUUAGGAAGUCUCUAAAAAAAUUUGGACAGGAUGACUUAAGGCUUUCAGAUGAUCAAAUAAUGGAAUACUACCAAAAGUAUGAACCAAGGCGAAACGAGUUGGAAGCAUUCAACAGGCUUAAAGUUUUUCUGGCUCCUUGUAUUGAGGCCUUGAUCCUCCUGGACCGCCUCAGCUAUCUGAGAGAACAGGAGAGCAUAGCCUGGUCUGGACUGGUGAAAUUGUUUGACCCUGUGAAAUCACCACGAUGUUAUGCAGUAGUUGCACUGAAGCAGCUAUAAUUAAUUAUUUUAACACUGCCAUAUGAAUAAGAUAAUGAUAUACAGUGAAGGUGCUACUGCAUAUGUAUGAGGUACCGAUUACAUUUAUAAAAAAGAAAUUAAAUAUCGUUCAGGAGUUUCAGUCAAAUAUAAGGGCUGUGUCACAAUAUCAGUUUUUUUAUUCCUAUUUGAGAGGAAACAUCAGUUGUGCAUUAGGAGCUAUAGAAAGAACAUAGCAUGUAAAGAGGUAGUUCAACAAAAUACAAAUCUAAGUAAUCUCAGUUUAUUGUGAUUACACAGUAUGAUAAGGGCUCACAUUAUAUAGACCCAUUAAAAAGCAUUCCCCUCACAUGGUGACAUUAGUGGGACUUAAAAUGCUAGAGUUCAGUGGCCCUAACACCAGGAGUACAUUUGCUGUACAGAAAUUUUAUUUGCUGCAAUGAGCUGCAGACACUUUUGGGUAGCUGUUGGGGUAUAUCGGCAAACUGUUCCUAUCCCUGGACCUGAACUUACAAAAUUGCCUACAUAUUUCUCUGACAUGUAUCAAGGAAAUGGAGCUGAGCAGCGUAGGUGCCACAGCCUGGCACACCUCCUUGUGCACCCUCACCUCCAGGCACUUCAUUUACUGAUGUACAGAGCCCUGUAGAGGGGAAGGUGAGCGAGGAGACAAGCCAGGCUUUGGCCCUUAGCACAUACUUCUUGCUGAAAAUAUAAAGAUUUUAUAAUUUUGACAACAACCACCAUCAGCUUGAGGAAAUGUACAGUUUGCUGGUAUACAUGCUUUUAUGCCCUAAGGGCUUGUUCAUACUCCAGAAAUGCCAUAGCAAUGGGAUUCUACUACCCAUUACAGAUUGCCUAAGCUCCACUACUAAUCAGAUUCCGACAGAGAAGACAGGACAAUACUCUGAACAGGUGAACAGGGUGAAGCUUAUUGUCCAAGGCAAUCUGCGUGCUGAUACUGGAGGAGACUGCUGAAAGCAUAAUUCAACCGGAAAUUCUGUAGUUUAACCCCUUAAGGACCCGGGGGUUUUCUGUUUUUGCAUUUUCUUUUUUUCCUUAUUACCUUUAAAAAAGCAUAACUCUUUCAAUUUUGCACCUAAAAAUCCAUAUGAUGGCUUAUUUUUUGCGCCACCAAUUCUUCUUUGUAAUUACGUCAGUCAUUUUACCCACAAAUCUAUGGUGAAACGGGAAAAAAAAUCACCGUGAGACAAAAUAAAAAACCCAUUUUGUAACUUUUGGGGCUUCCGUUUCUACACAGUACAUUUUUUGGUAAAAAUGAUACCUUUAUUCUGUAGGUCCAUACGAUUAAAAUUAUAUCCUACUUAUAUAGGUUUGAUUUUGUCGUACUUCUGGAAAAAAAUCAUAAUUACAUGCAGGAAAAUUUAUACAUUUAAAAUUGUCAUCUUCUGACCCCUAUAACUUUUUUAUUUUUCCGCGUAUGAGGGCUAAUUUUUGCGCCGUGAUCUGAAGUUUUUAGCGGUAGCAUUUUUGUAUUGAUCGGACUUUUUGAUCGCUUUUUAUUCAUUCUUUCAUGAUAUAAAAAGUGACCAAAAAUACACUAUUUUGGACUUUGGAAUUUUUUUGCGUGUA